AAGCAGUUGCCAGCCCCUCCGUCCCCAUGUGCAUGGUGUGCAACUACUCGGCCGACUCAGCGGAUGACCUCCGCUACCACGUGCGCCUGCACGCAGUACAAGGGGAGCUGUGCUGCAAGCUGUGCCAGCAGCAGUUCCGCACCUUGGUCGAUUUCAAGAAUCACUGUGACAGCCAUGCGCCCAAACCGGUUGAGCAGGUGCAGCCCCCACCUCGCCGGAGCCCUGCCCUGCUCUCAUGUGGCACCUGUGGGAAGCUAUUCCGCUCGCUGGCCUGGCUGGAGCGCCACAUGGAGCAACGGCACGGUGGUGAUGACAUGGACACCGCGGAGGGCGCCACUGGCUCGCUGGACAGGGGACCCCCAACGCUGCAGUGUUGUGCCUGCGCACGCACCUUCACUUCGGCGUCUGCGCUGCAGGCGCACGAGCGGUCGCACUUUGAAGGGCAGCCAGGCACUGUAGGGGAGCACGCCUGUGCCCUAUGUGACCGGUCCUUCACCAGCUACCGGGGCCUGCGCAUGCAUCAGCGCAAGCACACGCGCCGCCAGCAGACUGGCCGGGGAGGUGCGACCACUGAACCAGUGAUUGAGGUGACGCAGCACUUUGUCCACUGUUCCAUGAAAUAG